AUGCUCACGAAAGACUUUUUCAUUUUCUCUGGCAUUCUCGCUGUCGCUUCGACAGUAAGUGCGCAUUUCCAAAUGCAGUUCCCUGAACCUCGCGGUGUCUUUGUCGAGAACCAGGAGGUCAACUUCUGUGAUGGAUACCAGAAUGCAGUCUCCAAUCGGACGACUUUUCCUCUCGACCAGGGAUUUGUCACCAUUAACAGCGAACAUCCGAGCUGGUCCGCCCAAAUACUUAUCUCAAUUGAUCAAGAUCCGACUAGUUUCUCCAAUUUCAACACCUCGUCGACUGGAGUGCAGCUUCCCUCUGCCGUUCCGUUCUUCAAAGCCACUGGUGAAGGGCCUGCUUGCAUCGCGAUUGACAUUGCAAACCUCAAUAUUACCGGCGUCAAAGAUGGCUCAAAUGUCACUAUCCAGGUGCAGUUCGACGGUGGAGACGGCAACCUUUUCCAGUGUGCGGACCUGACUUUGUCGAGAAAUGCUACCAUGCCAUCCGGGGUGAACUGCACAAACCUUGUUUCAAACUCCACUACUACUGCAUCGAAUUCAACGUCGACUACAGGAGCUCAGCCAACUACAACAACCAAUGCAGCCCUCUUGCUGUCCGGCGAAGGAAGCGGGCUUCUCGGUCUUUUCGCAGCCAUGCUGCUGGCUCUUCUUUAA